AUGUAUGUUUCAGCCACAGUCGAAAGUGGGUUCAAUAUGCAGCAGGUGCCAGUUUCAACUCAAAAUAGUGGUGUGCCGGCAGAUACUUCAAAUGCAAAGCCUGAUGGUGGAGAGGUUGCACCACCACGGAAUGAGCCAUAUAUUGAGCCGGUGAAUGGUAUUGUUCAACCACCAGUUGUACCUCCACCAAAUCGACCUGGCCGACUCACCAAUAAACUUAAUUUCCUUCAAAAGACUGUAAUGAAGGCUCUUUGGAAACAUCAACAUGCGUGGCCUUUCUAUCAGCCGGUGGACGCCAGCAAACUCAAUUUACCUGACUACCAUAAAGUAAUCAAAACACCAAUGGAUUUGGGUACUGUAAAAAAGCGUUUAGAAAAUAAUUACUAUUGGUGUGCUGAUGAAUGUAUACAAGAUAUUAAUGCAAUGUUUUCCAAUUGUUAUACAUACAAUAAACCUGGGGAAGAUGUAGUUCUCAUGGCUCAAACAUUGGAAAAAAUAUUUCUUGCCAAGAUGGGACAGAUGGUAAAAGAAGAGACUGUUUUGCCCCAACAUAAACCGGCUGUGAAAAAUCAUUCAAUUAUUCAGAAACCUCCCAGUCAGAACCAACCAAUUGCUGUAGCUCCUGGUUCAACUGCUAUGGGCACCACUCCUCAUUCCCAACAUAAUUCUCUCCCACCUCAAAUUUUAGCUCCAACAACGAGUGAUUAUGUAGCACAACCAGUAAACAUACCUUUAGGAGCAGCAAAUUCACUAACUGGUGGAAAACUGAAAAAAGGAGUUAAAAGAAAAGCAGAUCCUAGUCCCAUCAAUUCAAUUGACUCCUCCACCAUUUAUCCUGGCCCAAUGGCCACACCAACAACCCCUGUUCAACCUUUACAAUCAUCUAUUCGUAGAGAAUCUGGUCGACAAAUAAAAAAACCGAGAGUGCCAGAUGAAGGAAUUCUAUACUCUCAAAAUACGACUUUACCUACUGGAGGAUCCGGCUCAAUACCAGACGGAAAAACCAAAGAAAAAUUGACUGAGGCAUUGAAGGGUUGUACUGAAGUGCUUAAAGAAUUGUUUACCAAAAAACAUGCGGCAUAUGCAUGGCCGUUCUACAAGCCUGUUGAUGCUGCUUGGUUGGGCUUGCAUGAUUAUCAUGACAUUAUUAAGAAGCCUAUGGACCUGGGAACAGUAAAGACCAAGUUAGACAACAGAGAGUAUAAAAAUUCAAAAGAUUUUGCAGCAGAUGUUAAUUUAAUAUUUUCCAAUUGUUAUAAGUACAAUCCUAAAGAUCACGAUGUAGUAGCAAUGGCAAAGAAAUUACAAGCUGUAUUUGAAGCCAAAAUGUCAAAAGUUCCACCAGACCCACCUUUAAUAGAAAUGAAAAUGGAACCUGAAGAUGAAAGUAGUUCAGAAGGAAGUUCUGGUUCAUUCAGUGAUUCAGACGAUUCUGAAGAUCUAGAAAAUUCAAGAAAAAUUCAAGAAUUCCAAGAAAAAUUAAUGGCUCUACAAGAUCAAAUGAAAAGGUUAGUUGAAGAAAGUGCUAGAAAGAAAAAACAAAAAAAGAAUAGUAUGAACAACUCAAAAAAGAAGAAACAUUCUACCAAUGAUAAAUUAACUUCAUCUGCGUCAAAACCUCAAUUAGCUGUAGCUCUCAAUAGUACACCAAUGAAUAUUAUGGCUAACUCUACCAUUACCAAUGAUAUUAAAAUGUUACCAAUUGAGCCAUCCAUGAAUGCUAAAUCAGCAGCUCAGCAGUUGCGCCAUCCUAUGACAAAUGCUUCAGCUGGUCUAACAACUAAAGGAACUAAAGGUAAAAGUGCUGGUACCAGAGGUCCUGCUAAAGCACCAGCACAACCAAAGCGUCCUAGAGUUAAUUCUAAAGCAAAUAAUCCGAAAAAAAAGAACUCUGUUAGUGCCCCAGCAUUUGAUUCUGAAGAUGAAGACAAUGCUAAGCCUAUGUCUUAUGAUGAAAAACGUCAGUUGAGCUUAGAUAUCAACAAGUUACCAGGAGAUAAACUUGGCCGAGUAGUACAUAUUAUCCAGUCACGUGAACCGUCACUUAGAGACUCAAAUCCAGAUGAAAUCGAGAUUGAUUUUGAGACCCUUAAACCAUCAACAUUACGGGAACUUGAGUCUUAUGUGGCUUCAUGUCUGAGGAAAAAACCACGUAAGAUCACCAAUAAAAAGUUUCUCUGGAAACCUAAAGAAGAACUUGGAGAGAAAAAACACGAGAUUGACAAACGAUUAGAAGUUAGCGGGCAACUUUCUACUACUAAAAAAGGCAAGAAAGAUGCUAAAGCUGCGGAAAUUAGUGGUCCAUCUCGAUUAUCUGCAUCUAGUUCUAGUAGCUCAGAUUCUGAUUCAAGUUCAUCGAGUUAUUCAACAUCAUCUAGUGAUUCAAGUGAUUCAGAACAUGGUGGCAACAAGCAAAAAAAGAAGAAACGUUUGUCCGACGACGUGUCGAUAAACAAAUCGGCUGAAGGCCAAAAAUCGACAAAUUCUAUGAAACAAACAGGUCCAAACUCAACAUCUGUCAAUUCGAUCAACAAACCAGUUGUUAACGCUCAACAGAAUGUUCCACCAAAAAAACCACCAGUAGUAACAAAUCCGAUGGCUAUAAAUACUUCCAAAACAAAUACAAUGGCUAUUAAUACUUCAAAGGCUAACACUACAAUUCACUCGAAACCAACAGCAGUUGUAUCUACAGCACCAAAUCUUCCUACAACAAAUGGAAAUAUAUCUAAUGGGGAUUCAAAUACUUCAUCAAUGACUCAAGAUAUAACACCUAAUGGUGUUCUAUUACAACCAACUAAGGUCGAAGUUAAAACUGAGCCUGGACUUCCAGUUAGCAGUACCUCACAGCCCAUAGUAUCUCUAGGGACGAUGCCUAAUGAGAAUACAGUACUCUCAUCAAUUGCAUCAGUGUUUGAUCCUCUUACACCUCCUAGCAGUCAGCCUACCAAUAAUAAUAAUUCAUUACGUGUUCCUGACAAACAGGCUGCACAUAUAGUUGUGCCCACAUCCAACAUGCACAACUCUCUUGUUAAUGACGGACUUUCAGUUCAGCAUGUCGAUAUAGCACCAGUCAUGAAUUCUGUAGCUGCUGUUCAUCAUUCAGCUACACCACCAUUAAUGGUUCAACCCCCAAUAGAUAAUAAACCUCGCCCAUCACCAAUUACUCCAGUUAUUCAAAAUACAAAUCAGCUAUCUGAUCAAAGAGUUGUAAAUGCUGCUACUAAUGUUUGGAGUUCAUUAGCCCAACAAGCUUCAGACGCUAAUAAUCAAGUACCUGGAGCUUCAAUAAAACCAUCUACAGCCGAUUCUUUUCAGCAGUUUAAAAAACAAGCAAAAGAAAAUGCUAAAAAGCAACGUGCAUUGAUUGAACAACAAGAAAUGAGGCGUCAUCAAAAAGAACAAGCAGAAAAAGAACGCAUUCGUAUUGAAAAUGAAAAAAGAAGAGAAAAGGAAGAAGAAGAAGCUCUUGAAAAAGCUAGAAAAAUUGUUGCGGAGCAACAAUCAUCCCGCCUAGAUGAAGUGAAAGCUUCUAGCAAUACAGAUGAUAGCUCAAGUCCGAGUCAAGACCGUGCUGCUGAGGGACGUGAAAGGCAGAGAUUACGGGAACAAGAGAGAAGACGUCGAGAAGCUAUGGUGAACCAGAUUGACAUGAAUCGCCAGAGUGAUCUGAUGGCAGCAUUCGAACAAACAUUGGCACCUUAA